GUUCAUAUCCUUUUCAAACAAGACGCCUGCAAUUCACUAGGAGGGAGCGACACUGCAGGACACCCGGAAGCUCGGCGCUCACAGUCGGACAGGAGCCAGGGCCACUACCUGUUCCCCUACAUGAAGACUAUCUUAUUGAACGGUAUGUCCAUCGGUCACGGUCGGCGCGUGUCGGAUAGCCGGGCGGACUCCUUCAGCCCGUCCGGCCAGUGGGUCUGCCGGGAGAUCAGCCCCGGCUGUCAGACGGAGGAGCGGUCUCAUGCCGGACUCAGCAGAUCGCAGACCGUCCGGGGGAAGCCGCCCCUCCACGACGGGGUCCGGCGGGCCAACAGCGCUCGGGCAGCGGCCGCCCGGGACAGGGGGAGACCCUGCGACCAAAGCUGGGGCGGCGAGACGCCGCCGCCCCCGGGGGAAAGCGAGGAAAGCGAGCCGACGUCCCCCACCCUGGACGCGACGAUCGAGAACCUCAAUAACCUGAUCCUAGAACUGGACCCCACCUUCCAGCCCAUCACCACCUACCCCAAGACCAGCUACCUGUCGAGAGGCAGCCUACGGCAGCAGGACAGAGCCGGGGACGAUCCGCUCCUGGACGCGCACGGCCCAGGGAUCCUUCUCUACGAGGAGUGGGAUUCGACAAGAGCCGCGGGCAGUGCUAGCACCUCACUGGACCGUCAGCGUGAGGCAGGCUGGCCAGGACCGGCCGCCGCCAGCACCGACCCCUUCUGCAGGAUGCUCGAGUCAACGGGGUACGACAGGCUCCGCAUCGGGCAGACGGACUCCCCUGCCCUGCCGUACGGUCCUCCGCAGUUCAGAGCCGUGUCUCCCGACUCCCGGAUCGUGGAAUCUUCAACAGCAGUGGCAGUGCCGACUUCCCAGCAGAUGCAGGGGGCCGCGUGGCUGGCCCUGGACUCCAGCUCAUCCCAGCAGAUCUACCAGCCCGUCGCAGCCCCCUACUCCAGCGGCUGCAGCGGGUCACUCGCCGGUUCCCCGCCUCACCAGCACGGCAACCUGGCCCGGACGAGGGAAGCCCUUGGGUCCUAUCUGUCAACGUCCACAGGCUCCGACAACCAACUUAGCUCCUACCAGCGCCAUCAACACAGGCUGGGCGACAGCGCCAGCUCUUUGCUCUCCACCUCUUCCGGGGGAUGGGACACCUUGGGAAGUUCGCACUCGCUGCUGAGCGACGACGGAGAGCCGGGGACGAUGUACCGGUCGGCCGGGAGCCCGUACGGUUCGUCCGGCUCGUUCGUCAACCUGAAGAGCCCUUGCCUCGUCUCCCCGGGCCUGUGCAAGAGCUCGUACAGUGACCAGCAGCUCGACCGGGCCUCCGAGUGCCGGACGCUCCCGCUGCCCCGCAGGCCGGCGCACCCGCUCCACCCGCAGGAAGCCCCAGCGGGGCCGGUGCUGGCGCCGCCGGGGCAGCCGCCCCGGCGGGGGGUGAAGAAGCAAUCCAGCAGCUGCCCGGCCUCUGCCGCCAGCUCCUGUACUGAUAUCCCGCUGCUUCUGGUCAACGGCUGCACACCGUGCCCCGUGCAGGGGCAGGAGACCCAGUGGCUGGCCUCCAACUCGUUCAGCGCCGCCAGCCUGCCCCGCUCUGCUUCUCCCGGCAGAGAAUACGCCAAGUCUUCCAGUACGGCCUCCCUCGCAGAUCUCCCAACCAGUGCAGAACCAACUGUUAAAUUUGUACAAGAUACCUCCAAAUAUUGGUACAAGCCAAAAAUCAGCCGGGACCAGGCCAUCGAGAUGUUGAAAGACAAGGAGGUCGGUUCCUUCAUCAUCCGGGAGAGCUCCUCCUACGUCGGGUCCUUUGGCCUCGCCGUGAAGGUCUCGUCCAGCCCCGAGAGCCCCGAGAGGAAGAUGGGAGACUCCCCAGCCGACUCGGUUCGGCAUUUCCUCAUCGAGUUCUCCCGGAAAGGAGUGUGUCUGAAAGGAGGGCCCCAGGAGCCUUACUUUGGAAGCCUGUCAGCGUUUGUAUACCAGCAUUGCAUCACUCCCAUCAGCUUGCCGAACAAGCUUCGCCUGCCGAGGACGGACUGUCUGCGGGGUAACGGUGAAGGCGCCGGGUCUGAGUCGGCAGGUGGCAACGUGUCCCCCCCGAGGAACCAAAGAGCAGAUCAGUGCGUCUUGUACCUGAAGUCUGUCACCAUGGAAUCCCUGACCGGCCCCCAGGCUGUCCUGAAGGCCGCCUCCUACGUGUUGGAACACGGGCCGUUGCCCGACGCUACCACCGUCCAGUUCAAAGUGUCGGAGCAGGGCAUCACCCUCACGGAUAGCAAACGGAAGCUGUUCUUCAGACGACACUAUCAAGCCAGUUCCAUCAGCCACUGCGGUCUGGAUCCCUUGCAGCGCCGGUGGCGGAAGGACAACGAGCCGUCAAGGAUCUUUGCAUUCGUGGCCCAAAAGCAGGGCAGCACGUCAGAGAACGUGUGCCACGUCUUUGCGGAGUUGGAGCACGAGAACUCAGCUCACCUCAUCAUCGAUCUGGUGGCCAAGAGCAUCCUGGAAACUCGGAGGAGGUGACCGGGCCGACAGGCAACGCUGGAGUCCACCCUCACUGCCCCAGCCUUGGGGCGCAGUUCCCUCCAAGCUUCACUGCCACGCAGCGACUGAAAUGCCCCCGUGCACGUAGCCUUCGUUGCCAACGCAGCUGAAAUUUUCUUUUAUGUAAUAUUUUAUUCAAGUGCCCCGCGGUUUUCAGGCUGCAUCUCAGAGCGCAGAUGUUUGAAAAAAAAAAUUAGCGGGAAUAUUGCCUGUGGGUCUGGAUCCAAUUCCCACCCCGGAUUUCACCUGUCAGUGUCUGUUUCCCUGCGGACAGAUUCGUUGCCCAGUGACACCUGUGAGCAAGGUGUGUUUGAGGGUCGGGGCCGGGGUGGGACAUCUCCAUUUCUGCUCCAGGGAGCGUGUGCGGUGUCCGAAACGGUUUCCAUUCCGAAACUGGGCAACACGAUGCGGGAAGGACUCCGCAGAUCAGGCAGCUUUCGCGGAGAGGGGUGAAGAGUCAACGUUCUGAGCUGAGAUCUUCCAUCAGGACCCCUCUCCUCUUGUGGUUAUGAGAAGCCUCACCAUCCCUGCUGGGGUCCCGGACGGUGUAGUACUUGUCCUUCUCCCAGGGUUAAGUGCCAGGAAGAGGAUUUUUUCCAUUACUUCUUCUCGUGAGGCCCAUCAGCCAUACUGGGGCAGCUCGCCGGACUCCUCUGUGGCGGGCAGAUGCCCGAGGAUGGGACGCCUCUCCCUGUGGCAGAGAGGAAGGAAUUUUUUUACAGGAGACAGAUAGAGUGGAUGUGGAGAGGAUGUUUCCUAUAGUGGGGGAGUCUAGGACCAGAGGACACAGAUAGAGUGGAUGUGGAGAGGAUGUUUCCUAUAGUGGGGGAGUCUAGGACCAGAGGGCACAGAUAGAGUGGAUGUGGAGAGGAUGUUUCCUAUAGUGGGGGAGUCUAGGACCAGAGGACACAGAUAGAGUGGAUGUGGAGAGGAUGUUUCCUAUAGUGGGGGAGUCUAGGACCAGAGGACACAGAUAGAGUGGAUGUGGAGAGGAUGUUUCCUAUAGUGGGGGAGUCUAGGACCAGAGGGCACAGAUAGAGUGGAUGUGGAGAGGAUGUUUCCUGUAGUAGAGGAGUCUAGGACCAGAGGACACAGAUAGAGUGGAUGUGGAGAGGAUGUUUCCUACAUCGGAGGAGUCUAGGACCAGAGGGCACAGAUAGAGCCUCAGAACAGAGAUGAGGAGGAAUUUCUUUAGGCAGAGGGGGAACAGCAGAGCAGACUUGAUGGGGUGAAUGCUGUAUAUCCGCUUCUCUGUCUCAUAGUCAAAGUGUCACGGAUGUAGGUGGGAAGGGAACAGAGAAUCAUUUGUGAACUUUGAAACGUUCACCCGGAGGUCCGGGUCCUUAACACAUCUCACACACGGCAUUGUUCCCAGCACCUGCCACAGAGAAGCUCGGCACGGAAACCGGCCCUUCGGCCCAUCUAGUCCGUAGCCGAAACAGUCGAAACGGCCUGCUCCCACCGACCUGCACCGGGACCACACCCUUCCCAUCCGUGUCCCCAUCCAGACUUCUCUGAAACGUUGAAAUCCAGCUCGCGUGUACCAAUUGUGCUGGCAGCUCAUUCCGCCCCUCUGAGUGAAGACAUUUUCCCCCACGCCCCCCCUUAAACUUCUCACCUUUCACCCUUAACCCACGACCUCUAGUUGGCAUCCCACCCAACCCCAGUGGGUCCAGCCUGCUUGCACUUGCCCUCUCUAUACCCCUGUCCUUCAACUCUCUCCCACCUCCCCACCUCCCUCUCUGCGUUACCAAACACUACCUCGGAACCAGCAAUCUCAAAGCAUCAAUCUCCCCAACGCAACUUGUUGCUUUCAACUUCACACCCGACAAUCAAAGUUAAGCUCAUUCACUCCACGGUUAAUAAAUAAGAUAAUUAUUUAAUAACUGACUUCAGUCUGGUUUAAAUUUGCCAUCAACCCGUAUUUUUUAAAUAUUCUCUUCACCAGAAAGACUGAAUGAACUGGGCUUGUACUCGUUGGAAUUUAGAAGAUUGAGGGGGGAUCUGAUUGAAAAGUAUAAAAUCCUAAAGGGAUUGGACAGGCUAGAUGCAGGAAGAUUGUUCCCGAUGUUGGGGAAGUCCAGAACGAGGGGUCACAGUUUGAGGAUAGAGGGGAAGCCUUUUAGGACCAAGAUGAGGAAAAACUUCUUCACACAGAGAGUGGUGAAUCUGUGGAAUUCUCUGCCACAGGAAACAGUUGAGGCCAGUUCAUUGGCUAUAUUUAAGAGGGAGUUAGAUAUGGCCCUUGUGGCUAUGGGGAUCAGGGGGUAUGGAGGGA